GUUUCGAAGUCGAGAGCACAUCUACAUGAAACGCUCGCAGCUGGAUGCGGCGCGCGAGGAUGGCAUUAUCCUGAAUCUGCACGGCAGCUACAACACCACGCAUCACGAUGCGAGGAAGUAUUUCGAUGGACUUGAUUCGUUGAAUACCAGCGAUUUCGACACCUGCAACCGCUCCGUGGUUAGUUGGCUGCCUUCUGCCGAUGAGCUGGAGGACUACAUCAAUUGGACUGGCGACACGGAUGGAGUCACACAGGAUGCAGACGGAACCAACACGAUUUGGUGCCCCGACGGGCAUUUCUGGAUCGCACCGGCAUGCCGGCACAAUGUGACAAGCUGUAUUGCUACAGUCACCUUUUCGGGCUCCCUCCUGCUCUCCAUGAUGCAUUGGUCUGCUUUCCAUGGCUUGCCCUUGGCCCUGGGAAGCUACGUAGAUGUCUACGACUUCUUCGCGAAGAUGAAGGAGGGGAAAACACUGUUUUACUGGUGGGAGCCGGAGAACUACCGGUUCGACGUGGACAAGGUGCCUCUGCUCUUACCUAUGUAUAAUGCCAGCGAGUGGGCCAAGGAGAAGCGGAGGUUUGCUCUGGACAUUCGGAUGUUGGAGGAGCUGAACCAGCGCCUGGCUGAGGGCGGAAUCUCGCCCGGUGAUGGUCCCGGGGAAGGAACUGCCGUGAUCCAUCGCGCGGCCUGCGAUUGGGUGCGAUCCAGCGAGUCUUUGUGGAGGACAUGGAUUCCCACGACGUGCGACGCGGGGUCCGGUCUUGCUGAUGUAGGUGGUCAAUUCCUUCUCAGUCGUGGAGACGAUGCGGUCGGUUGCAGCGUAUGUUCGUCUGGUCGUUUCUCGGAGCCCCUUCUGGACAGCGAAGGCUUUACAUACCGCUGUGCCACGUGCCCCCCGGGCACUUCCCAGGAGUUUGCGAACCAAAUUAGCUGCAAUCACUGUGCCUUGGGUCGCGUAGCCAAUCAGGCGGGAGCCACGGAAUGCGACCUCUGUCCGCUGGGUACCUUUGCAGACCAGGAAGGCCGCGCGAUCUGCGACAGCUGUGGGGAUGACACCUGGACUACGAAGGAGCUGGUGGCAAGCGAUCAG